UGGGUAAGACGUUAGAAGCACAGUUCUCACUACUUGGGGUUUUUAGAAAGUAGAAGUAUAGUGUUCUUAUAAUGUUUAAUUUCUUUUACAACCCGGGGAAAGACAGGCUUUGAGUUACUACAUUUACAUUUAUGUAUAUAAAUAUUUGACAAAUAAAAAACAAGGUUAAUUAUAUACAGUAGUACUCUUUGUCGUCUCUCGUUUGUGAAAUCCGGGAAGUGUCUAUCAAGCUGUCUUUCACUCACAUGGCUUAGCGUCAUUAAGGGGGCGGGGCCUUAAUGGGAAACACGGAAGUGCCUAUAAGAGCUGUCAGAUGACUGGUCUUCGCUGAGCGAAACAGGGCUAUGUUUUCUGGUGGCUGAAGCUGGGAGCUGCGCAGCUUGUAUGCUAUCCUCAGUACGGUACUACUCGGUUCCCUGCUGACUGUUUGUGACCUUCUUUGCACCAGAAAUGGAGGAAAUAAGAGUGUCUCCUGACUACAACUGGUUCAGAAGCACAGUCCCACUGAAAAGAAUUAUUGUAGAUGACGACGACAGCAAGGUUUGGUCGCUAUAUGACGCUGGUCCAAAAAGUGUCCGCUGCCCUAUUAUCUUCUUUCCAGCAGUCAGUGGGACAGCUGAUGUGUUUUUCCAGCAGGUCCUAGCCCUUACAGGCUGGGGAUACAGGGUCAUCUCACUUCAGUACCCAGUUUACUGGAAUCUCCUGGAGUUCUGUGAUGGAUUCAGGAAGCUACUUGAUCAUCUACAGUUGGAUAAGGUCCAUAUAUUUGGUGCAUCUCUGGGAGGCUUCUUAGCCCAGAAGUUUGCAGAGUACACACAUACUUCUCCUAGAGUACACUCUCUCAUCCUGUGUAACUCCUUCAGUGAUACAUCGAUCUUUAACCAGACUUGGACAGCUAACAGUUUUUGGCUGAUGCCUGCCUUUAUGUUGAAGAAGAUUGUUCUUGGGAACUUUGCAAAAGGAUCUGUUGAUCCAAAAAUGGCAGAUGCAAUUGAUUUCAUGGUUGAUCGGCUGGAGAGUUUGAACCAGAGUGAGCUAGCUUCACGACUGACACUUAACUGCCAGAAUUCAUAUGUGGAGCCUCACAAAAUCAAAGACGUCACAGUCACCAUUAUGGAUGUGUUUGAUCAGAGUGCACUGUCACAUGAAGCAAAAGAGGAAAUGUAUAAGCUAUACCCAAAUGCCAGAAGAGCUCACCUUAAAACAGGUGGCAACUUCCCAUACCUUUGCAGGAGUGCAGAAGUUAAUCUUUAUAUACAGAUUCAUUUACGCCAGUUCCAUGGUACAAGAUAUGCAGCUAUCAAUCCAGCCAUGGUGAGUGCAGAGGAGCUGGAGGUGCAGAAGUUGAACCUGAAUAACAGCAUGGACAGCGAUGAGGACCAGUAAAACCUGCCUUCCCUGGGUCAGUUCACAGUUUGAUGGAUAUGCACCCAUGGUCAUACCUUUACCAGCAGACACUCCAGAAAAUCCAGAAAGGAUCUAUUACAGAUGAUUAAAAAUCCAUCACUUAACUCUGAAACUGAUUUUUUUAAAUGUACUGAAAAUGGUCUAAACUGGAACUAAAUUCUGGAUCCAAUUUUUACUUUACAAAAACAACCACUUUAGGAAUCAUUACUGUAAAUAACUAGAAACUGGUUAUAUCAAUUUAAGAGGAAACUUGUUUUGAUGCCAACUUUUUUACCUCUUUGCCUUGUUUGUACUUUUUUGCACUUUAAUUUUCUUCCUUUGGUUUGUUUUGGCAUUUAAGCCACUACAGAGGCAGCAGACUUUUGUUAAUAAACUGAAUUUGCACUGAUCAAAGUGAUUCAAUCUUAAUGAGGAAUAUAUAUGAUAAAAUAUAAAUUCUGAAUAGCUUUGUCAUUGGGAGUAUAAUAGCCUUGAUUAUUUAUUCUGAUUUGAUUCUGGCUGUUUUUUUGUGCUUCUGUUAUAAUGCUGAAUCACUACAAUGAGACCUGUAGAUUUAAAACAUUUCUACAUAAUCAUUUUGGGUUUGGACACUUGGGCACUUACAGGAGUGACUAAUCAGUGUUGGGUAUAAAACUGGUUUUCUUGCAUUUCUUAAAAUUAAAUCCUAAAUUUUAAUAUACACCAAAUUGCAUGUAUGUUUGCCUCAAGCAGUUUGUGGUAAUAAUUUUAAGACUGUUUAAUUUGCAGUGCAAGAUGGGCUCUCCUAAAA